AGUUCAUAAUAAUAAUCUCACCAUCCAUGGGGUGUAGUUCAAUUAUUGCUCCGGCGACCAUUUUACUGGCGGUUAUGGUGGCCGCGGCCGCAUUGUGGCCUGCAGGGGCGGCGGCCGCCCGUGCCUUCUUCGUGUUCGGGGACUCGCUGGUUGACAACGGCAACAACAACUACUUGUUCACCUCCGCCCGGGCCGACUCCCCGCCGUAUGGCAUCGACUAUCCCACUCACCGCCCCACCGGCCGCUUCUCCAACGGCUACAACAUCCCUGAUCUUAUCAGCCAAGCAAUUGGUUCAGAGUCUACACUGGCCUACUUGGACCCAGAGCUGAGGGGCCAGAGGCUGCUGGUUGGCGCCAACUUCGCUUCUGCCGGAAUUGGAAUUCUCAACGAUACCGGCAUUCAAUUCGCAAACAUAAUAAGAAUCGCGCAACAGCUUCAACUGUUCGAGCAGUACCAGCAACGAGUCGGCAGCUUGAUCGGAAGCGCGCCGGCGGCGAUGCUUGUGAACCAGGCGCUUUUCCUCAUCACCCUCGGCGGUAACGACUUCGUUAACAACUACUUCGUGGUGCCCGUCAGCGCUCGACGGAUUCAAUUCUCCAUCCCCAAUUUCUCCCGAUAUCUCAUCUCCGAAUACCGCAAGAUCUUAAUGAGAUUAUACGAAAUGGGGGCUAGAAGAGUGUUGGUGACAGGAACCGGACCGCUAGGGUGUGUUCCUGCAGAAUUGGCCCAAAGGAGCAUAAACGGGCAGUGCGCACUAGAGCCUCAACAAGCCGCCGCUAUAUUUAACCCGCUCCUCAUUGAAAUGAUCGCCGAUCUCAACCAACAACUUGGCUCCGACAUUUUUGUCGCCGUCAAUGCCAUGCAAAUGCAAAACGACUUCAUCAACAACCCCCAAGCCUAUGGAUUUGUCACGUCGAAGAUAGCAUGUUGUGGACAAGGACCUUACAACGGAAUUGGACUGUGCACAGCGGCAUCAAAUUUGUGUGCAAACAGGGACGAGUAUGCGUUUUGGGACCCGUUUCAUCCGUCGGAACGGGCCAACCGAUUAGUAGUGCAAGCCAUUUUGACCGGAACCAAUAAGUACAUGAGUCCGAUGAAUUUAAGCACUAUUAUGGUCUUGGAUUCUAAGGAGUAAUCAACUAUGUUACUGGUUAUAUGAAAAUCCUUCAUUAAUUCUUGCUAUAUAUAUAUGUUGUGAUGGCUAUAUAAUUAUUCAGAUAGUGUGGCAGAAGUUCUGAUCGUUUCGAUAUAUAUUGUGUAAUAAUAUGUAUUAUGGAGAUGUAAUGAGUUAAAUGGAACAACUCUUUUAUGUUUAUUUGAUUUUGUAUUGUUAGGGAUU